AUGAUAAAACAGAUAGUUGGUGCAAUCCAAUUAACUAUUGUGUCAGAUCGUCACAAUGCAAUAAUAGGAGCUGUUGGAGUAAUAUUUGGAGGUGAUAGUCAAUCAUACUGUUAUAGGCAUGUGAAGGAAAAUUUUAGCUCUGAAAUGAAUAAAUUAUACAGAGGGAGGAGAAGAACUAGUGGUAUUCGUAAGGAAGUUAGACUAAAGUUGCUUGAUGACAUUGCAUAUACGAGGGUAAUAAGCAAGUUCUCAUAUAAACGGUGGGAUAACAUAACAACGAACCUUGCUGAGUCAUUCAAUGCUUGGAUUGUAAAGGAGAGGUGGCAUAAUGUUGCCAAACUUAUUCAUGGACAUCGUGAGAAGGUUGCAAGGAAGAUGUGCACAGCAAGUGUGGCAAAGGAGAACUGGAGAAAUGCUAUGGGUUCAAGCAUUGAUGGAAAAGUGAUGGAAAAUAUGGCUAGAUCGAUUCAUAUGCAUGCUAAACCUUAUAGAGGUGGCAGGGUCUGUGUACAUACUUUGUGUGGAGCAUUAUAUGUCAAUGUUCAGUCACAUGAAUGCACUUGUACUACAUGGAAAAUGACAGUGAUUCUGUGUGCACACGCUUGUGCUGCAAUAAAGGUGGUCCAUACAAAUGUGUAUGAUUUUGUGAAGGACUGUUAUAAAAUAACAUCCCAAGAGAAAAUUCAUGGGAACACCAUGAUUCUAGUAGUGACAAUUGACAGGCCUAAUCUUAAUGAUUAUAUGCUAGAAAAUAUAACAAAUCAAGUCUUGCUAUAUCCACCUACAACUAGUAGACCUUUGGGAAGGCCAAGAAUUAGGAGGCGGGAAUCCCAAUUCCAAAACAGGAAGAUUUACCAUUGUGGACAGUGUCAUGAAGCUAGGCAUAGUAAAAGAACAUGCAGAAAUCCAAACCGAAGUUAA